AUGGGGAGGCUUCUGAAGUCAGUUAUUUGUUGUACAUGGUCCAGUUAUGGAAUAGCUGCGAUCUCCCCAUUCUCACACCGGCUGACUUUUGAUAGCUUGCCCAUGGAUAUCCAACGUUUACGUUGCAAAGUCAAUUUUCAAGCAUUAGUUUUUGUUCCCCAUAUCAGAGCACUUGGAGAUGCUCUUGUCAGUCGCCUCAGGUAUCCAUCCAAAGGAACUGAAGUCGUUAACACUGAUUACCUACGGGAAACCUCUCAUGUGAGUGAUGAAAACAGAGCAAGGAAGUUUGUUGUGAUACACCUUCGUUUUGAUAAGGAUAUGGCUGCCCAUUCAGCCUGUGAUUUUGGUGGGGGCAAAGCUGAAAAGUUGGCUCUGGCCAAGUACCGACAAGUACUUUGGCAAGGAAGGGUCCUCAACUCACAGUUCACCGACAUAGAAUUGAGGAGUCAGGGUCGUUGCCCAUUGACUCCUGAAGAGAUCGGAUUGCUAGUAGCAGCUUUGGGCUUUGACAACAGUACUCGUCUAUACCUGGCUUCACACAAGGUAUAUGGUGGGGAAGCUAGGAUAUCAACUUUACGAAAGUUGUUUCCUCUGAUGGAAGACAAAAAGAGUCUUGCCUCUUCAGAAGAACGUACGGAGAUUAAAGGAAAGGCUUCUCUGUUAGCUGCAGUUGAUUACUAUGUUGGCUUGCAUAGCGACAUCUUCAUCUCUGCUUCUCCAGGAAAUAUGCACAAUGCAAUGUUGGGACAUAGAACUUACAAGAACAUGAAAACCAUAAGGCCCAACAUGGCAUUGAUGGGACAACUGUUCCUGAACAAAAGCAUCAGCUGGCCAGACUUCCAGCAAGCAGUUCUUUGAAGGAAAU